GAGUACGGUGGUAUCGCGUUGUGGUUUUGAUUUGCAUUUCGCUGAUCAUUAGUGAUGGUGCUGGUUUCACUUCCCCUGGCUGAGCUGUUGUUCCUGAGGUCAGACCCCAGCCAGUCUUUUGUGUACGUGCAGGACCAUGGUGGCUUCAGUUCCUACCCCACCCUUCCUAGGAACUCUACUUGUGGCAAACGGAUAUUCAAGCUUACAAGUCCGCCCUCCCCACUCUGAUAAAUGCAAGAAAAACUGAGAAGGGAGGAGCAAGUUGGGAUGAAAGUGUCUGGGCCUAAGUGACCUGGAAACCACUGGAGAAGAAGCUGCUGACUGAGAAGGAGGUGUAUGGCUCCGGCGGGAUCCCCAGCUUGGAGGACUGUUUAGCAGCUGCACGUUCUGGGUCUGUCUUGGGUAUUCCCAUAUGGCCAUGAGAUCCGGGAGGCACCCCUCACUGCUGCUGCUUCUAGCGCUGCUGCUGUGGCUGCUGCAGGUCAGUACCGUUGACAGUGUCCAACAGGAAACAGAUGAUCUUACUAAGCAAACAAAGGGAAAGAGCUACCAGCCUCUACAGCGAUCCAAGAGAAGAUGGGUUAUCACCACCUUGGAGCUGGAGGAGGAAGACCUGGGACCCUUUCCCAAACUGAUUGGUGAGCUGUUCAAUAACAUGUCGCUAAUGUAUCUACUCAGUGGACCUGGUGUGGAUGAAUAUCCAGAGAUUGGUUUGUUUUCUCUUAAAGAUCAUGAGAACGGAAGGAUAUAUGUUCACCGCCCUGUUGAUUGAGAAGUGACACCGUCUUUCACGGUUUAUUUUGAUGUUGCGGAGCGCUCAACAGGAAAAAUUGUGGAUAAAUCCUUGAUUUUCAACAUUAGGAUCAGUGAUGUGAAUCAUCAUGCACCCCAGUUUCCAGAGAAGGAAUUUAACAUCACUGUGCAAGAAAACCAAUCUGCAGGUCAACCCAUUUUUCAGAUGUUAGCAGUCGAUUUAUAUGAGGAAAACACUCCAAAUUCUCAAGCCCUUUACUUCCUCAUUUCUCAAGCACCAUUACUGAAAGACAGUGGUUUCCAGGUUGAUUGCAUUAGUGGAGAAAUACGACUCUCCGGGUGCUUAGAUUAUGAGACUGCUCCUCAGUUUACACUGCUAAUCAGAGCCAGGGACUGUGGAGAACCGUCACUGUCAUCCACGGCCACCAUUCACAUGGAUGUGCAAGAAGGCAACAACCACAGGCCCAUAUUUACCCAGGAGAACUAUAAGAUUCAGAUUCCUGAAGGCUGAGUCAGCAAGGGUGCGGUGCGUCUCCUGGUUCAAGAUGGAGAUUCUGCAUUUACAUCAGCUUGGAGAGCAAAAUUCAACAUAUUGCAUGGCAACGAAGAAGGACAUUUUGACAUUUCGACUGACCCUGAGACCAACGAAGGGAUAUUAAAUGUUAUCAAGCCUUUGGAUUAUGAGACUCGCCCAGCGCGGAGCCUCGUCGUUGCCGUAGAGAAUGAGGAGAGGCUCUUCUUCUGCAAGAGAGGAAAGCUUCGGCCACCAAGGAAAGCAGCAGCAAGCGCCACUGUGAGUGUGCAGGUGACAGACGCCAAUGACCCACCAACCUUUCACCCCCAGAGUUUCAUUGUCAGUAAAAACGAGGGCGCCGGGCCUGGGACCCUGUUGGGAACUUUUAAUGCCACGGAUCCAGACAGCCAGAUAAGAUAUAAACUGGUUCAUGACCCAGCAAACUGGGUCAGCGUAGGUGAAAACUCCGGAGUGGUCACCACCGUGGAGCCAAUUGACCGAGAAUCCCCUCAUGUCAAUGACAGUUUUUAUAUAAUCAUCGUUCACGCUGUUGAUGAUGGCUUCCCCUCGCAGACUGCUACAGGGACCCUAAUGCUCUUCCUGUCUGACAUCAAUGACAACGCCCCGACUCUCCGGCCACAUUCCUGCUACGUGGAGGUCUGUGAGUCUGCCGUGCAUCAGCUCCUCCACAUCGAGGCAGAGGAUCCGGACCCGGAGCCCUUCUCUGAUCCAUUUACAUUUGAAUUGGACAACACCCAGGGAAACACAGAGGACACAUGGAAGUUGGGGAAAAAUUGGGGUCAGUCAGUUGAACUUUUAACCUUGAGAAGCCUGCCACGUGGUAAUUACUUGGUGCCACUCUUCACUGGAGACAAACAGGGACUUUCCCAGAAGCAAACUGUCCGUGUAAGGAUCUGCCCCUGUGCCAGUGGGUUCACGUGUGUGGACCAUGCAGAUGCAGGAGUGGGGCUUCUUGUGGGGGCCCUGUCCCCUGUCUGUGCAGCAUUUGUGGCUCUGGCAGUGGCUCUGCUUUUCCUGUUGUGACGCUAUUUUGUGCUUGAACCUAAGAGGCAUGGAUGCUCUAUAUCCAAUGAUGAAGGCUACCAAACACUGGUCAUGUAUAAUGAGGAGAGCAAAGCCACUUCAGCCCAGACAUGGUCAGAUGUUGAAGGCCAGAGGCCGGCUCUGCUCAUCUGCAUAGCUGCAGCAGGACCCAAGCAGGGAGCUAAGGAUCUCAAGGAAGUGCCUCCAUCUGCAGCAAGCAGGGCAGCCCAAGCAUACUCUGCUCUGGGGAGUUGGGCUUACCCAGAUGCCACAGUGCACAGACAACUCCUGGCUCUGGUGGAAGGAAGGAUGGCAGAGACAUUGAAUCAGAAACUCCAUGUUGCCGACUUGCUGGAAGAUGAUCCCGGCUACCUACCUCACGUCUACAGCCAGGAGGGGGAGUGUGGAGGGGCCUCAUCCCUCAGCUCUCUGGCCAGCUUGGAACACGAACUGCCGCCUGAUUUGCUGGACUCUUUGGGUUCAAAGGCGACUCUGUUUGAGGAAAUAUAUUCAGAGUCAGGUGGUCCUUCCUAAAAAAAUGUAUAUUUUGGAGAAUUGAAAUAAUUCAUGGAGGGGAAUCACUAUUCAUGGAUUUUUCCCCUUUGCUCUUCUUUUCCCUCCUUAAAAAAUAAAUCACCUUCUAGUCCUAGGAUGAGGACACACUAUUAGUUUGAAUUAAAUGCUUUGAUAUUCUGAGACCAGCCAUCUUGAACCCAAGCAAAACCACAAGUUGUGCUUUCUUAAAAUUUGAUUUGUCAUAUUUUCUAGAGAAACUUGAAUUUAAUUGUGUUAUUCUUAGCUUCCACUGGCAGCCUAACUUUGAGGGUAAAUGAAAAUAUCACCCAUCGAUUACCCAGCCACUUGGGAACAGCAGGUAAUACUGAAGAAAAAUGAAAAUAGAUUUUAAAACGUUAUUUACUUUUCUAUGAUUAUGAUUCUGCUUCCAUUUAAGGGAAAACUUAUGUAAAUAGAGAAAUGUUUUCUAUAACAUUUGUAAUCAGUAUUUUAAGUGAUUUUUAAAAAAAUAAGUAUUGAUCCCUAUUCACUUUUUGAUUAGAUAAAUAGAUAAAAUAUGGUAUCUUGAGAGAAAUGAUUAUGCUGAAAGCUUUAUAAACAGUACACUCUUUAAAAAAUGAAGAGCUGACAUAAUUUAACUUGUGUGUGUUAUGUAAGUAAAAGAGUUUAGGAGCCUUUGAAUGAAUAAGUUCUGAUUAGAUUUUAUCUUUAAACAAAACCACACAAUUUAAUUGGUUUUUACUUGUCCACUUACUGCUAAUGUCAGUUUCAGGGGAGGAAAUGGUUUCUUUUAAAAAUCUUAAUAGGGAGACAUAUGCCCUAAAAUAGUCAGUUUUCUAGUCUGUGUAGUAGAUAAGAGACUGACUAAGCAAAGUUUCAAAUGCGAUUAGCACACUUUAAUGCACAUAUUGAAUAUCUAAAAGUCUACAGCCAUAUAAAAUGUGUAUGUAAUUAAUGAGCAAAUGCUCUCUCUCAUGCCCUGAAAUAAAUCCGCAGAAACAUG